UUCCGCAUAACGAGAGGACGGAUUUAUUAAGCGGUGACACCCAAAGCUCUUGCGUUUCCGGCCAGCUCAGCGUCAGUCCUGUGGUGUUGUCAGCUCUUAGCCUGUCACUCACUGCUCCAGUCACCUGUAAUAUAUCUGUUCCACCGGAGAACCACCGGACACCGGAGAGAUGGUGUUGCUGACGAUGAUCGCUCGGCUGGCGGACGGGCUGCCCUUAGCCGCCUCCAUGCAGGAGGACGAACAGUUGGGUCGGGACCUUCAGCAGUAUCAGAGUCAAGCUAAGCAGCUCUUCAGGAAACUCAAUGAUCAGAGUCCCUCACGCUGCACUUUAGAGGCCGGCUCCAUGGCGUUUCACUAUGUCAUAGAGAAAGGCGUGGUGUACCUUGUGCUGUGUGAAGCCAGCUUUGCUAAGAAGCUGGCCUUUGCUUACCUUGAAGACCUGCAGGCAGAGUUUCAUGAGCAGCAUGGGAAGAAGGUCCCUACAGUUUCAAGGCCAUACUCCUUCAUCGAAUUUGACACCUACAUCCAGAAAACGAAGAAGUCGUACAUCGACAGCCGAGCGAGGAGGAACCUGGGCAGCAUCAACACAGAGCUGCAGGACGUCCAGAGGAUCAUGGUGGCUAACAUAGAGGAGGUGCUGCAGAGAGGAGAGGCUCUGUCGGCACUGGACUCCAAGGCCAGCAACUUGUCCAGCCUGUCAAAGAAGUACAGCAGAGACGCCAAGUAUCUGAACACCCGCUCCACCUAUGCCAAGCUGGCAGCCGGCGGCGUCUUCUUCAUCAUGCUCAUUGUCUAUGUACGCUUCUGGUGGCUCUGAGAGAAUAAAACAGAGGAGGAAGUGGAAGGAUGUAUUGAAGAGGAAAAUGAGCUGCAGACACUAAGAAAAGCUGUCACCUUUGACUAAAAACAGGAUCUUAAUAAGACUUUGCAGACAUGCCACCGCCCGUUUUGUUCUCACCUGUCCAUGGAUGUUUGGUCUGAAUAUAAAUGAUGUCAUAUUACAUAGUUUUAUUCUUAACACUUAUACAGAAAUGCGCUUGUAAUUGCCCUGAAGAAAGGUUCAAAUGAAAUGAGGGAUCUUGGGUUUUGGGGAGUGAUUGCUCUGUUUCUAAAGGUGAGAAAAUGAAGAGAAAAUACAUUUCAUGUUUUGUGAGUUUACAAAGCUGUACUGUAAUGGGACUGAUUAACUCUCUAUUGUCUGUAAUAAUACAGAGAAGAGCAAAGGAAACAUUAACCUAUUUAUCCUGAGCAUGUCAUAUGGGUACCUGCAUUAAUUUACAUAAUACUCAUACAGGAUGUACAACAGUUACAAACACCUGGAAUAAACGGCAUUUAUUAUUUUAA